AUGGCAUCCUCUGGACAACAGAAAUUUUGUGUUGGCUGUCAAAAUGGAGUAGUAACAUGUAGUGGAUGCAGGAAAAGCUUUUGUUGGAUUCAUAUGAGUGAACAUCGGCAAGUGCUUGAGAAACGAAUGGAUGAUAUUGUACAAGAACAUGAUCAACUACGAGAAGCUCUUAAUCCGCCAAUUGCAGUACCACAUCUUGUGGCUCGCAUUGAUGACUGGGAACGAGCAUCAGUUGAACAGAUUAGAGAAGCUGCUAAACAAGCUCAAGCAGCUCUACAGACAUAUUGCGAUCGUACGAAACAUCGAAUAGUAGAUUCGCUGGGUAACAUAACCGAACAAUUGAAAUCAAGUCAAACUUUAAAUGUCUACACUGAAAAAGAACUUGAUGAAUGGAUGAGAAAACUAGAGCAACUACGAGACAUAAUCAACAAACCUCGAAAUAUUGACAUUAUAGAGGACGUUGGAUCGGAUUCUUGUAUUCGUAUGAUCAAAUUUAUAGAAAACGCUAACACUGAAAGUACUCCCAUGGUUCAUGAAACGCCAAAAAAGUCUGUACUAUCAUUAUUACGGGGACUUUCAGGACUACCUUCUUCAACUGAUCACCAGGUGCUCGAACAACCUUUAAUAAACCGAAGCUAUGCAGUACAUACGCAGCGCAACCAGAUGGAAAACAACAUUACAUCAUUACAAGCAUCAGUGACGGAUGCUAAUGAUGGAUGCACUAAUUGUCCAAUGUGUUAUUGGGAGUUUCCUAAACAUAUGACACUCCAUGGAAAGACAGAACAUAUCGAACACCAUUUUUACACAAAUUAA